ACUUUAAUUAAUAAAAAUAUAAAAAAUUAAAGAGCCAAAAAAUGAAAUUGCAAACUAAAAGACUUUCAAAUCCCAAACUGAUAUUUUCUAUUCAACUGCAGUAGCAAUCGCACAGCAGUUAAAUUCUGGUCUGGUGUCAGAUUCAUUUCCCACAUCUGAAGAAAAAACAAAUGCCAGCAGUUGGGUAGUUUUUUGUCAAGCAUAAUUCUCAAAAGAGUAUUCCUUAAUCUUAUGGCAGAUUUAUCUGCUUAUGAGAAAUAAAUCUGAAUCGUCUCUGAAAGCUUUGCACGAAUUGCUCUGUAACUAGAAGCAGAAAACUUCUAGUCCCUUUAUGCUUCACUUUCUGUCAGCUGCCCUCGAAUCAUGUAAGUGCAGCUCUCCGAUUUGAUGAUUGUUACUAGACGCCAAAUGCGUGAGAAUAUAGAUUGCCGGCCGGCCAUUUGCAGAGCUUUCGGUAAAAUUGUCGCUUUCCGCAAACAAGUGUUUCUCAGCUCUGAAGUAUCGAAUCAGCAUCAAAUUGCAAAGGCAAGGAAAGAAAAGAUCGGUAGCUGAGGAAUGGGACAAUCUGCGACAAAUUUUGGCUUCUUAUUGCCGUGAAUAGCUUCUGGUCUGUAGAUGGAGGAUUGAUGCAGAGUGUUUAGAGUAUAUGGGGUUGUGCAAAUGAAGCUGAGCCGUUGAAUGCAGAGUGGCGCAGUUGAAAGAUUUCAAGGCAGAAUUCUGCAAAGUAAACUUUCUGUUUGAAAUUUCGUGCUGAAAUCAACAGAAAGGGGUGUUGUUCAUGUAUUCUUCUGUCGUAAUAAGUAUGUCUUAAAUGACGAAACCUUGGCUAGAUCAUGAUUUAAAAGCUUGAUGGAGCAGACCAUGGUUUUGGUUGAAGAACAACGAAGAAUUUAUAUGCUAUAAAACCCUGAAGCAUGGCAAUGGACGGCGUUAGAAAUUGGAGCAAGAGAUUGCGACUGAUUUUUAACCUAGUCUUUGUUAUUCUAUUGUUUUUCUUCUUCUUCAACCAAACUAAGCCUAUCUCUCCUCUUAACCUUAGAAGGAUAAUUUCUACAUCCUCGUACCGUUGGAGCUUCCAUACUUCCAGGUCCAAUUUCAGGCUGCAAGGUUAUCAGAAGAAAAAUACUAAGUCCAGUCAAGUAGAAAGAAUUCUAUCAGAAAAUUCCUCAGAAAUCAGGCAUAUGGUGGCAGUGAGCCCUAUGGAACAAGGUUAUCAGAAGGAAAACACUGAUUUCAGUCAAGUAGAAAGAAUUAUAUCAGAAAAUUCGUCAGAAAUCAGGCAUUUUGUGGCAGCGACUCCAAUGGAACAAGGCCAACAUCAUAAACUUGCCGAAAGUCCGAACCUCGUGGUGCCGGCUUCGGAAGAUGAAGAGGAUGAUAAUUUUUGUAGUGGUGUGAAACGGCACUUGAAUUAUGGGAGUGAGUGUGAAUACAUCAAGGCAAAAGAUCAUUGCAGUUCUGGAGGGUUUAUUGAGUACAUCGAGUUCUUCUACUGUACAUGUGGAAAAGUCCCUGUUUUGGGGUACAUAGUGCUAGGGUUGUGGCUAGUGGCAUUGUUCUAUAUGCUGGGAAAUACUGCCACAGAUUUCUUUUGUUGUUCUUUAGAGAUGCUAGCAAGUCUGCUGAAAUUGGCACCGACAGUUGCAGGAGCCACACUUCUUCCUCUUGGAAAUGGUGCUCCUGAUGUGUUUGCUAGCGUUGCAGCCUUUUUAGGGGCAGAUUCUGGGCAAAUAGGCAUGAACAGUGUUCUAGGAGGUGCUGUUUUUGUUACCUGUGUUGUUGUUGGAUCGAUCUGUCUCUUUGUGGAUGAUACUGGGGUGUCCAUUGAUCACUUUUGCUUUGUCAGAGAUAUUUCUUUCUUUCUCUUUACUCUUGCUUCACUAUAUGUGAUUUUGACUGUUGGUAAGAUCAAUCUGUGGGGAGCAGUGGGGUUUGUUUCCAUAUAUUUUGUAUAUGUUUUUUCUAUUGCUGUGAAGGAGGUCUUGAGGAAGAGAAGCAAAAAAAGUGAUUUUGAGUCAAUGACACCCUUGUACCCUGUCCUUGAAAGCAUUUAUGUUGAAGACAAUAGUUUUCGUCAACCCCUUUUGGAUCCAGAAUCAGAUACAAGUUUGGCUGGUGAUUCAGAGUUCUUUCCUGUACCCACAUCUGCACCACAAUGGAUGUGCACAAAAAAUGUUUCUGUUUAUGCAGAUCAGGCAUUGGUUAAGUCAGGGGAGGCUCCAUGGCCUUUAUGGGGUUGGAAUGAAGGAAUCAAGACAAGCAAGUCAUGCUGUAGAUUUUUCUUAUUUCUUUUGGAGAUGCCACUCCUCUUACCAAGGCGUUUGACAAUUCCCAUAGUUGAUGAGAACCGGUGGUCAAGGGGUUUUGCAAUUGCAAGUGCUAUACUAGCGCCAACUCUUUUGGCAUUUCUUUGGAAUUUUCAAGAGAUCAACUCUAUCAGAAUUGGCAGAUAUGUGUACUUUAUUGGUGUAAUUUUGGGUGCUUCAUUAGGAACCCUGGCUUUCUAUAUAACCAAGGUGGAGCAUCCACCCCGCAAAUUUUUGUUUCCAUGGGUUGCAGGAGGUUUCUUAAUGAGCAUUGUGUGGUUUUAUGUGAUUGCUAAUGAGCUGGUGGCUUUGUUGGUUGCCUUCGGGACGAUUCUGGGCAUAAGCCCUUCACUUCUAGGUCUCACAGUUCUAGCUUGGGGUAACUCUAUGGGUGAUCUGAUGUCUAACAUUGCAUUGGCAUUAAACGGUAGCAGUGGAGUGCAGAUUGCAUUGUCAGGUUGCUAUGCAGGGCCUAUGUUUAAUACAUUAGCUGGAUUAGGGUUGUCUUUGGUAUUGGGAGCUUGGAAAAAUCAGCCUUUUUAUAUAAUUCCAGAGGAUCCUAGUCUUAUUUACACAUUAGGUUUUCUCACAGCUGCUCUUCUAUGGGUACUGGUAGUUUUGCCAAGCAAUAAUAUGCAUCCAAGCAAACUGCUAGGAAUUGGCCUUCUGACAUUAUACUUAUUAUUUUUGCUAUUCAGGUUGGGGGAAUAUUUUGGAUUCCUUUCCAUGGGUGAUGGCAUGUAUUAGAACCCAAAUAAAACAAUUAAGCCUUUCUGAACCAGUACUAACAUGGAAGGACUAGUACCAGGCACGCCUUCUCUUUCCAUGACCAAAAUGUUGGCUGAAUUGUAAUAUAUGCUUAAAAAGCAUGACCUCAAGUUUCCAUGGCUAGAGAAAUAGCAGUGUUCCUUUAUACGUCGCCUCCAUAUUGUAUAUAUACAGGUGCACCUUUUUAUAGUGUUGAUUUUCUAUACAAGAAAACUGUUCUAGAUAACAAGAAAUAUUCAAAUUUUUUAUUUUGGAGAUUUGUUCUCA